AUGAAGCGGGGAAGAGAAGACGAAGAGAGUUCGCGACAUGAUGAAGAUGACGGGAAGAAUGGGGGGAGUGGUGGAGAAGGCGAGGAGAAGAAGGAAGCAAGAAGCAGGGGAGAUGAGGGUGACGGUGGUGGGGAGCCCGCGGGGGACCAUGUUAAGACGGCAUCGUCUCAGGUUGGGGUAGAAAGGGGGAAACGGGAGAGUGGAACAAGCGACCAAGAGAAGGUUAGGGAAAAGGAGGAGGAGAGAGAGGAGGAUGAGGAUGAGGAGGACUGUGUUAAGAUCGAAGAAGAUAAUGACGAGGAUGUUAAGAUAGAGGAGGAGAAGGAGGAGUGUAUUGAUCUUUUGGACGAAGAGGAGGAUGAUGGCGGUGACGAUAACGAGGCGGCUGAAAUCGAGGAUGUUUCGGAGGAGGAAGGACCAAGGAAGGUGAUGAAGCUGAGCGAAGCUGCGAGGAAAUCGCGGAAGCGUGACGUGGCGGAACGGGCGGGGGGCGGGGAGGAGGGUGCAGAGGACGGGAAGGGGGAGGGACUGGCGAAGAAAAAAAGAAGGAAAUUGGGGAACGGGAAAGUGGGUGAUAUGGAGAGGAGAGAAGGGGGGAAGGGCAGCGAGGUUCCAAAAGACGGGGGCGACGGGGGUAUGCAUGAGGGAGACGGGAACGAGGAAAGACAGGAGGAGAAGGAGCGGAGAGAGGAGAGCAGUGAUGGUAGAGAACCGAGAAGAACCGAGAAGGAUGGGAAGGGGGAACGUAAUCAGGUAACGGUUAGUAGAGAUGGUGAAGGGGGAGGUGGAGGAGGAGGAGAUGAGGAGGGGGACGACGGAGCUAGGACGCGUGGGGAGCAGGGGGGGCAGGGGGAGCAAGGGGAGCAAGGGGAGCAAGGGGAGCAAGGGGAGAAGGGGGGAAAUGGAGAGAAGGGGGACCAGGACGAGGGACGGGAGGGGGAGCAACGACAGGAAGAGAAGGAAGAGAAGGAGGAGAUGGGAGAGAAAAAAGGGGAGCAGACGGGGGAGCAGAAGGGGGAACAGACGGGAAGCAUGGUAACCCGCAAAAAAGACAUAUCAUACGUUCUUAUUGACUUAAAGCCACGAGAGCAGACUAAGAAGACAGGGGGGAGCAGGGAUAGCAAGGGGGGAAGCGCGGGGGAGAACGGUGGGGGAGGGGGAAGCGGCGGUGCGGGAACGCCUGGGAAGGAGGAGGACGGGGGGAGUGACGAGCAGACGAAAAAAGUAGGGGCGGGUGGGGAGGCUGAUGGGGCAGGUGAAAAAGCAGCUGUGGGGGGGGCAGCGCGGACGGCAGAAGGGGGGAAGAAGCGGAAAGGCCUCCCCCCACGCUCUAGGAAAACGGGCAAGAAGGGGGGAGGGAGAGGGGGGGCGCAUGGGGGGGCCAAGGGGGGGCUGGCUGGUGCAGGGGCAGCUGGGGGAGGGCCUAUAACGGGGAUGGGGGACAAGAGGAAGGAGGCGGAUCUGGUGAAGGUGGUACCUGCGCCCAAGGGGUUGGAGAUCGAAGAUGGGCCUGAUAAGCCGGUUGUCUUAUCACGAGUGUUCCGGGCGGCACAGAUCCAGUUGAGUGAGGAUCGAUUAUCGGCGACGAGUAGCAAGGGCUAUCGCAUGGUUCUAGCAACAAGGGGAGUGCUGGAAGGCGCGUGGUCACUCACUUCCCCACACUCCCCUCACUCCCUCCCUCCCCUCCUUCCCUUACUCCGUCUGCAGUUGAGUGAGGACCGAUUAUCAGCAACGAGCAGCAAGGGUUAUCGCACGGUGCUAGCAACCAGAGGGGUAAUGGAGGGCGCGUGGUAUUUCGAGAUCCACAUGCUGCAUCUGGGGCAGUCAGGGCACGCCCGCAUAGGCUGGGCCACACAGCGCGCCGACAUGCAGACUCCAGUGGGGUUUGACACGUGGGGGUUUGGGUUCCGGGAUGUGGAUGGGAGCGUGGUGCAUCAGGCAGUUAGGAGGGCGUAUGCUGGAGGAUCGCUGGAUUUUCCUCCGCUGCCUCCUUCCAGUGCUACUGUCACUGCUGCUGCUUCUGCUGCGGCUGCUGCUACUGCUGCUGCUGCUACUGCUGCUGCCGCCACUGCUGCUGCGCCGGCUGCUGCUGCCGCUGCCGGUGGUGACAUGGAAAAUGCACCUGACAGGAAAGAUCCACCUGAAAAUGCAUCUGCACACCCUGAAACCACUCACAACCGUUCCCAACCCCACCCUGCGGGAGACAUAAGCAAGCGGGCGCCGGGGUACGUGGAGGGCGACGUGAUUGGCUGCUACAUCAGCCUGCCAGGUGGCGCCAGGCUGGCACCCAAGCCGCGGCCACUGGUGACGUGGAAGGGGCAACCGUGCUACGUGGAGAGCGAGGAGAGUGCAAAAGGAGGGCCCCCUGUGCCUGGUAAGCAUUGCUCUUUCUUAUCAGCGCAUGGUAAGUGA